AUGCCAAAUCAGAACAAGCCACUGCUGCCAUUGGAGGAAAUCACACCUCACGUUCUACGCUUCUGGAAGGCCCGCCUCACUGACAAGGCAAUAGUAGAGGAACUGCGGAAAGUCAUCGAUACUGACCGCUAUGGGAUCGGAAUCACGAAGUUGAAGGAAAUUCGAUCUGAUAUGGGGCUUAAACGUGCACGGCAACAAGGUCACUCGGUUGAGACAAUUCGGGAUGCCAUGCUCGACCUUCGACGAAUAUACCCGAAUUCAGGAUCACGAGAAAUGAUCAGCUUGUUGUUUCACGAAAGGGGGAUGGCUGUCUCCAGACGUGUCAUCAAGUCAUACUUUGCUAUUUACGAAUCUGACCUAGUUCGCCAGCGCAAAGCAAGACGGCUUCGCCGAAAGCGUUUCUGGGCUGCCGGCGUUAAUGAUUUAUUUGCCAUGGACCAACAUGACAAGUGGCUCCGGUUUGGCCUUGCCCUACAUACCGGCAUUGAACCAUUUUCGGGCCGCAUCAUGUGGAUGCGUGUCUGGCACUCUAACAGGAACCCCCAGCUUAUCCUGUCUUAUUACCUCGAUACCCUCAUGGAGCUCGGUCAUAUGCCUCUUGUAACUCAAAGUGAUCUCGGCACCGAGAACUUUGGGAUUGCCAAUGGACACACCCUACUACGUCAGUGGCACGAUCCCGCACUCCAAGGUACGCUCCAGCACCGCUGGAUGCGCACCAAGAAGAACGUGAUGCCAGAAAUAACGUGGUCUCUGUUACAAUAA